CCUCAAUAAGAUCUUUGAACUUUAUUUUUCACCCGCACGCCUUCUUCGCGUGACUCCGACUCCUUUCAUAUAUCGACCUUCUCCUUUCCUUCUUCCUCUUCUCCUCCAUCUUCAAGUCCAUGGCAGAACCCUCAUCCAAUGUCACAAUCUCCCUCCUCCCAGUAUCCCUCUCCCUAGUACACAUCCCUCGCUCUCGUCUACCCCAGCUAUCACAUCCUGUCAUAAGGCAGAUCUUGCAACCAAACCCCACUUUCAUCAACGUCACCUGCAAUGAGAUCGAACUCAGUCUCUUCGCAGAAUCUCACAUGCUAACAGAUUUCGAACCCGUCGCUAGACGCGACAGGCAAAGGCAACGAUCUCGCUCAGGCUCAGGCUCCGGUACAAAACGUGCUCACUCUUCAUUACCUCAAGACCACCUUGAAAUCUCGUAUGAAAAAUGGAAUGUCCUCCAAAUUGAUUCUCAUUCGGAUGGGCUCGACAGCUCUGGAGCCCGUGUGCAUGAGCUGUCCGCACCCUUGGCUGCAGCUGGAAUUUCUAUCCUAUAUCAGUCCUCUUAUUUGAGCGACUUCAUAUUUGUAAAAGAGUCAAGACUCCAAGAGGUCAUGACUUUACUAGGAUCAACCGGAUUUGAUCUCUAUUCUUCCGAUCCGGAACUACUCACUUCCAGAGUAGUCUCUCCAUUGCUUUCACCAAUCUCCCCCGGUGACGACUCUUUCAUCCCCGACGCAGCCCAAGAUAUCACGGCUGAAUCCGGUGCCAUUCUGACCCGCACAAGGAACAGUCUCGACGCCGUAUCUGCUGCUGCCAUUACUUUGCAGCACUUGAAUCUCACGGCGUCCCCUGAUGACUCACCAGAAAGCAGUCCCACUCAUCAUAAACCUCCAUCACGUCACAAAUCACACUCCCCGACCUCGGGCGAAGUGCGCAUAUUGUCCCCUAACCUCGCUUGUGUCGGCCUCUCUGAUGACAGUGUUGACACAUGGGGACUUAAGAUCGUAAAGCUAGUGGCGUUCCCCGAGUUGAUCCCCGUCAAGGAACAACCCUCACGGUCAUGCAAGCCACAGUCUCGCAGUACCCACCCACCCAGCGGCGUUCCGUUAUCGUCGUCAAGUCGAAAUCGAUAUUCAGACUCAUCAGAUUCAUAUUCUUCCUCUGACGAUGACGACGAAGAAGGCUACUUUUCUCACUCGCCUCUCGGUAACCUGUCGUCAACUUCACUACAGUCUUCCGUCGCUUCCCGGUCCUUCCCUGAUCUAUCGAUUUCGGCCCCUACUCAAACUGGACCUUUCAAGCCUUCUGCGAAACACAUUGUUGCACCACUCGCACCGCUUUCUCCUCUUGAACCAAAACCAGCAUCACAUCGUAGACCCACUUUCCAUCAUAUGGACGCAUCAGUUACCAUCAAGAAGCCUGCAGAGGAAACCAUACGUGGCACGGUUCCAUUCUUCAGUUUUACCCGUACGCAAGAAGGCACCUCAUUAACGACUGAUGUUUCUGUUCUUGCCGCCCUAUUUCCUCCGAAUGAGCGGCACAUGAUGAUUUGUGCUGGCGAACUUGAUGCUCUUGAUGCCCAAAGUUCGAGUGCAGAUUCAGACUCCGAGGACGACGAGGACACGCUAUCAUCAGGUGGUGCCCUUAAAUGCUUGCAGAUCGAUCUGCGCAGAUUCGGGCUUGAUAAACACGGAUUGGUGAACCGCUUUUCUCGAGUUCUGGAACAAAAUGGCAUCAACCACAUGUAUAGCUCGACCUAUAAGACAGCUAAUCUGCUGGUUUCCAAAGCACAUGCCAAUCGUGCCCGAGCCUUACUGAAGGCUUGUUAAAUUACAUCUCCGAUCUCCAUCUCCAUUACCAAUCGAAUCUUUUGGCCUUCGCAACUCCACCACCCAAAAAUGAUCCAGGGCAACGCCCGGUGCCGAUUCACACAAAUUCAAUUCAAUCCCUGGUGUCAUACCCAAGGAAUUUUAGAAGUACUUUACAAAAAAACCCAUAUUUCCGCAAGCCCCGCUUUGUUUUUCGUUAGGCGUUAUGACGAUUGAUACCCCCGUUUCUAUAUCAUUAUGGGUAUCCCAUCCCAUGUUUCAGAUUUCUUUUUUGGUUUUAAAACCCCCUCCAUUUUGCGUUUGCGCGUCGUAUGUAGCGUAUGUUUGUCCACCAUCGUCUCAUUUUGGUUGUUAUCUCAUCUACUCACCCCCAAUGUUCUUUUAUGCAUCCAUCACACACAUACUUGUCAGGAAUAUUCUGUAGUAUGUAGCAUCUUGUAUUGUUACCGCGGCGAGGGUGCCUCAUGUUGAGGGAGUAGCUUUGGGACGUAGUUGCCU